CAGUCUCAAUGAAUGAAGGAAAUGAAAGUAUCAUUCCUGACGUUGCUGAAGUUGUUCAAAAUCAAAAUUACGUAGAACACGAAGUUGUGACAGAGCACAAUGAGUUGCAUUCUGUUGAGAAUCAGAUAACUUUACUCGAAAGUCCUGAAUUGGACAUACCAUUGCCAGAUGAACCUCCGCCACCUUACCAAGAGCAUGAAAGUCCGCUGGACAUCAGCGAGAAUUCGACGGAUGAUACUGUUUCGCCCGAAGACCUGGUCCUGGAAACGAUUGCGGUAACAAAUGACACAACGGAUACCGUGGGUACAUCAAUAUUAGAUGACAAUGGUAGCGCGGAGGAUAUCAAAGAGUUCCCGGUUCAAACAUUGUAUAAAUUAGACGAAAUGAUCAAUAGGCCGCGAUGGGUCAUACCUGUACUGCCAGGUGGAGAGCUAGAAGUUCUAUUGGAUGCCAGUAUAAAACUGGCAAUAGCAGAACAAGACGAACAGAGUGCUGAAUGUCUGCGUUUCUACCGAGAAGGUCUGCACCAAUCGACGUCCAAAAUAUUGAACGACGAGGCUGUCCAAAAUUGGAAGGCUGAUAUACAGCGUGCAAUCCGUGGUAAUUGUGAAAAACUGGUGCAGCUGAUAGUGCUGAAGUUUAACAGUGACAACUUGGCCCUGCUUGAUAUUCUGGCUCUAGUGUUUAAUCAGAGUAGUCGGUUCCACCAGUUCAACGCACACAGGAUGGCCGAAUUCGAACCAUCGUUGGAACAGAUAGAAGAAAACGAAGGCCAAAGGUCGGGUGGAUCUCCGACUGCCACUAGAGCCACUCUGAAGUAUGCCACCUGUUACGACAAUCGCGCACCAAAGGGAUGGCUAGCUGACCUUAUCAAUCGUUUCGGCUAUCUGAAAGGAUUUGACCUGCUGAUCAACCGGGUGAAGAAAACAGACUCUUUAUCGGUGGCACUUCUAGCAGCGCUCAUGAAGCCGUUCUCAAACUGUCAAGAUGUUUUGACGAACUUCUGUGUUACAACCUACUUCGUGCCUAUUCUCUCGAUAGCAAAUAAUUUUCUGCUCAACAUCUCAGAUGCUGACCUGAAGAAAGAGUCUAAAGUGUCUUCGGAGACUAAAACUGACCACAUCUCAGUUAUUCUGACAACCAUGAAGAGAAUCCAGCGGCAGUACAGUAUUCUGCUGAGCCGCAAUUCGCAACCGGAUUCUGAGCAUAGCAGUGCGAGUUCGAUUCCAGCUGAGAUACAACUUGAUGUUACUGCCUUGCGGCUGGAAAUGAUUUUAAGGUUGUUGCGAGUUUCUUCAUUCAAUGGAAAAAUGAAUGCGUUGAUUGAAAUCAACAAGAUGUUGCAGUCUGCCACGCCCACACCUGUAAAUGGGAGUGGUGGCUACGAGUCAUCUAACUCUUCCUUCUACAAUAGCAAUGCAUUGAUGUCCAUUGAUUCGAUACCUUCUAGAAAACUGGCUAACUGGCUGUCGGAGAAUGAUGUGUUGACGAUAGUUCUGCGAGACAAUCUGCACCAACCGCAGUAUGUCGACAAGCUGGAAAAGAUCAUCCGGUUCGCCAUCAAGGAAAAGACUCUCACUCUCAAAGACUUGGACUCAACGUGGAACGCACAAGUCGGAAAACACGAAGCAAUUGCUAAAAACGUACACGAGUUGCUUACAAAGUUGGCGUGGGAUUUUUCUGCUGAACAGUUGGAUCAUUUGUUCACGAAGUUUAAAGAAAGCUGGCAUAGUGCAAAUAGCCGAAAGCAACGAGAGAAGCUCCUCUCACUGAUCCGAAAGUUAGCCGAAGAUGACAAAGAGGGCGAAAUGGCCCAGAAGGUCCUUUCGCUGCUUUGGACGUUGGCCAAAAGUGAAGAAAAUUGUGCGGCUGAAAUUGUAGACUUAGCUUUGUGUGCUCAUAUCAAAAUUUUAGAUUGCAGUGUUUCGCAAAAUCGAGAUCAGCAGAAAGUUAUGUGGAUUGAAACUUUCAUCGAACAACUGAAACACCCGAAUAACGAUGACUGGGUUAUUCUGUCACUUCGUAUGAUCCGAAUAAUUUGUCGGCAGUUUCCCGAGGGCAAUUCGUUGUCGUCUUCCCAGCAAAACAGUUUUUCGCAAUCAAGAAUAGCCCUGAAUAUUUUGUACAGAGACAAAUUGAUCCACUCGAUUCAAGAGAAACACUCUUUAGUGACUGUUGUUGCGAAUAGUUUAACUGAGUACAUGCAGAGAAUGAAGUAUUUUGUCGAAAUUGGACAGAAUUUGGCACUUGAUCCCAAUGAGCGAAGAACAGGAACUCGAUACUCGCAUUUAGAACAAGUUGAAGAAAGGUUGAAUUUUUUGUGUUUUGUUCUGAAAGACGGACAACUCUGGCUUUGUCUGGCUCAAGCUGUAGACAUAUGGCACUGUCUGUGUGAAAGCGCAAUUUACGAAGAAGACAGACAGUGUUGUUUUCGCUGGUUUUCAAAACUGAUAGGAGAAGACGAACCGGAUUUGGAUCCGGAAAUUUGUCAACAGUUUUUUACGGAAAAAGUUCUGCACCUGGAGGCCAGACUUUUGUGCCAAGAAGGAGUUGAAUGCUUUGAACAUUUUUUCAAGUUUGUAAAUUACAGGGCCAACAAACUUCGUAAGACAUCGAGGAAUAAGCACGGUUAUGUGCUCAUGGAUACAAAUCUGCUCGGUUAUUACUACUUGUGGCAAAUUAUAAUCAACUGUAACGAUAGUUUGGCUACGAAAGCGGUCCAAAUACUAAUAGACACCUACACGAGUCUAGCUCCGCAACUCAAAACACAAGCUGUGAAGACUUACCACGAGUUCAUAAGUCAGUGUAUGAAUUGGUUUAAGCAGUUUUUCACCUCGGCAAAAUCGUCGGCUGAUAACGGAGAAGUUUCGGAGUUAAUGAAUAGGGAAAGUUUUAAAGUGAAAAUGAUCCGGGUUUUGACAGCGCUCAGGGAAUUUAUCUCUAAAACUGACUCAAUGUAUCAAGCUGAGCGAAGAUUUAUAGCGCUUAACCGAGCUUGUUGCGGGAACUAUUUGGUUCUUAUGGUGCGAAUUAUGAACUCAAAUAAACAAGUGGAUGAUUUUUCAAUUGCUACUCACACGAACGCAGCAGUUGGAAAUUUGCGCAAAUUGAUUUUGCAGAAGUUUAACUACACACCACUGAGCGCUCUCUGUGAAAUCGGUUUCAGCAAUUCAGUAAUCGACAGCUGUUUUGACUCGACAACAUUAGCUAGUUAUAAUCUGAGCCAGAGAAGUCUAGUGCUAGCUAAAGUUAUGUCAUGUUCGGCCAAUGUAGCACAUGGUAUAGGAGCUGGAAGUGCCUCAACGUCCACGGCUAUUGCACUGUCAAGUGACGACGAAGAAGAAACGGUUACUGGCUCAGACCCUCCGUAUAAUUCGAGUUCCUCGAGGACAGCAUCUGGAAACCCGACUCAAAGUACGACAAUUCAAAGCGCAGAGAACAUUUUACCAUCUACAAUAUUUAGUCAACAAAAUGAACAUGUACAGCUACUAUUGCAUGUUGCCGAUUGGGUUUCGAAACUGGCCCUGUGCAAUGAUGAGGUCGAAAGUGAGGACUCGACUGCAACUCAGCUGUUUCAGACCAUCAGGAGUCUAAUAUCAAUUCUGCCUUGCGACUCCCAUGUUGUCGACCGCAUCCGGGAGGUUUGUGCGGACCACGGCGGAGGAGCUGACCCCUCGCAGUCUUUGAUGCCCCCGGUGCGAUCUCUGUUCCUGUCUAAUUCCCCCAACCAAGUGCUCUAUUACUUGGAGGUGCUCAGAACUCUGCUUCUACCGUCCCUCGAUCCCUUCUCGCCAGCUGCCCAACAAUUCAGAUGUCAUUUUGUGGCAGCCGAUGGCGUUGAAAUCAUUCUUGGAAUGCUGACAUCUGACUGCUGCGGCAGUUCUUUCGUACCUCUUCAAAGAGCAAUAAAAACAGUUAUUGUGAAGAUCUGCAAAUUAUUAUAUUGCCUCGUUGGCUUCUCGGUACUCUACAAAUCCCACAACAUCUUCGAGACCAGCAGCUCUUUGAUGUCUGUAGUUCCUUGCUGCUCCUCCGGAGAUAGCUCAGAGUCUAUGACCAGACAAGACUUCGAGUCCCAAAUGGGUGUCAAUGUCCUCAGUCUAGAGCAAGCAUUAAAAUCAGUUCCUGCGUCUCUAGAUGAAACUAUUCUGCGUCAAGUUGCAUCUGAAAUGGUCAACCCAAUGCUGAUGAAAUAUCCAACUGUAUCGCAAUUAAAGGAACAUAUUCCAACUGAGAAACAUAUACUUGCUUUGUAUAAAAUGUCCGUUUCCACAUGUGCGACAAAGCCCAAUGAAUCUAUUCUGGAAACGAGCGAUGAUAAUUCAGAAGAAACGACGACGUCGAAUAGUUCAGCCAGACAAGUUGCAGUUUUGUCUUCAAAAAGUUUGCAAGUUCUGACUAUAUGUUUUGUCCUAAAUCCAACCCUGUUGGAAACUAUGGUGCUAAAAGCAGAACAUUGGAACCUUCUGAUUCAACAAAUGCUUCUAAAAUGUAGCAAAAGAGAGCUAAGACUUAACUGCUAUCGACAGAUUUUGAUGCUAUCCACACACGCUCACGUACAGUCAAGUUGUCACAUAGUGAAUUUUUUCAUCUCCCUCCUGUUUGAUCAAAUUCGAAACGCAUGUCAGGAAAACGGAGAGAGAAGUGACUCGUUUUUUGACCUCAUUUGCAAACUCCUGGAGUACGCUCGAUGUCUGCGGAUCCAAGUUCCUAAACUUGGCCGAUACCUUGGAGAGGAGAUAGCGUUUAUAAACCAAGUGAAAAACAGCUUCUGUAUCGAGUCUCCAACCACAGAAUCAGAUAAUGGCAAUGGGAGGAAAGUAAUUGAAAAGCUUAAUGACUUCUACCUUUGUGGGCGUCUGAAUUUGUGUCGCGAGUUGGUUUUGUUUGAGAAUUGUGGCCUUAGUGAGCCUAAUGACAACAAUACUCCUCGUCAGCUGUCGCUCUUAAUCAAGGAUCUUUUCUGCCAUUUUCUAUUUCCUGCGACCAUUCACUUGGCAGACGAACAAUCGGCUAGCAGUGCAUCUCCUCAAAGAACUCCGCUCAGAUCAUUGUCAAAAGCAGAGCCGAUCUGCGAUCAAAGCAUGACGCAAAAUGCGGCGUUCCAACUUCUAGUUGCUCUGUGUGGAAUAAACUUUACAAAUUACAGACUCCUUAUAGCUUUGCUCCAGAAGUAUUUCUACUCUAGAAACGUCACCACUAUUUCAGAAUGGGAGUUCCAGCCGCCGAUCGGAUGCAAGCCUCUCGGAGGUUUUGUGGGCCUGAAGAACGCUGGAGCUACGUGCUACAUGAAUUCGGUGAUUCAGCAGCUCUUUAUGAUUCCUGAGAUAAGAGAUGGAAUCCUGAGAAUCGAAGGUGUUGCAGAUGAUUACUUUGAAAGCGACCAUGCCGCUGCUAUUGCUUGUGGACUUGGAACCGAUUUGAACAAAUUGUCGGCCAAAUGCUCCUCACCGACGUCCUUGUCUUCGAAUGAACACGGACCCGAGAUCGAUUCGGGAGUCGAGACCAACUCUGACCUAGCGUCGCUCUCUUCAAGUUUGUCGACCCAGCUGACCUUGGCAACUAAUAUUAACCCUAGAGUUCAAUAUCACGUUGACGUUUUAAAAUACCUCCAAGUGAUUUUUGGAUAUUUGGCGGCUAGCCAAUUGCAGUUUUAUACUCCGGAAGGAUUCUGGAAACACUUUCGUUUUGCGGGUGAGCCAGUUAAUCUUCGGGAACAACAAGACGCAUUGGAGUUUUUGAAUAGCAUAGUUGAUAGUGUUGAUGAAGCGACGAAACAUAUGAACUCAUUGGUUUCUGAAACUUCCCCAAGCAAUCUGUCCUCAAUAUUUUCAUCGACGAUCGGAGGAUCUUUUGCCGACCAGAAAAUAUGUAAAGACUGUCCACAUAGGUACUCCCGCGAGGAACCCUUCACGACUUUGAGCGUCGACAUCAGGAACAACCAGACCCUCAAGGAUUCCUUUGAGCAGUACGUGAAAGGUGAUCUGCUAGAGGGAGAUAAUGCCUAUUUCUGCGAGAAGUGCGGGAAGAAGGUUGAUACGGUUAAGCGAAUGUGCAUCAAGAAAGCACCCCCAGUAUUGAUCAUUCAACUCAAGCGGUUUGAUUAUGAUUGGGAGAGGGACUGUGCCAUCAAGUUCAACGACUAUUUCGAGUUCCCUUUUCAACUGGACAUCGAACCCUACACUGUAGAUGGGUUGGCUAAGAUCGAGGGUGAAAUAAUCAGGGAUGACUCUUUCGAGACACCCCCAGACCUGCCAUCGCCCUCCACGUCUUCCAUUCCAUCCACAGUAUCCCUGGACCAGAUGCCAGUCAACAGUCCAACAUCUACAAUAAGAGUCCCGGAACCAGAGCUAGAUUCUAAUGAGGCUGAAAAUGAGGGAAUAAACGUGGCGAGUGGAAAUAAAGACUCUUCUGAGUUUAUGUACAAGUUGAUGGGAGUCGUGGUUCAUAGCGGACAGGCCUCGGGAGGUCACUACAACAGCUACAUCCAGUGUCGCCAGCGGGGUCCUCUAUCGUCGGCAAAUCCUGCCUCAUCAUCAGCUGGUAAAUGGUUCAAGUUUGACGACGGAGAUGUCUCAGAACUGCAGGUUAUAGAUGAUGAUGAUGAAAGUGUGAACGAACUGCUGAAGAAUCAGUGGUUUGGUGGGGACAGCACUGUUACUCCUGGAUCAUCGGGAGGGGGAGGCGAUAGCUCAUCCACCUCGUUUUCAUUUGAGCAAUCUUCAAAUUUCAACAGAAGGUCAUCUUCAUCCGGUCGAAGGCAAAAACGGUGGUGGAAUGCCUAUCUUCUGGUAUAUGAACGAAAAGACUUGAACGACGAUGCUGAACCGUCAUCCACUUCUGAAACAACCAGCAAUCCAAAUAUCGAUUCGAGAACUAAACCUGACGAAGGCUAUAAUACCGCGAGGAUUGAACAAGCUGAUUCAAAGCCCAAAAUGCCUGAAGCUAUUGCGAAGGCUGUUCAACGCCAAACUGUCUUAUUCGCGCAUAAUCGUGUUCAGUUCAUGCCCGAAUAUUUGAACUUCAUCAAGAGUCUGAUUUUACAAUGUCAGGCAUCGUACCUUGUUGACUUGAGAGAGCUAUCGGAUUCCAAUGGUAUGCCAACCACAGUCGCAGAGGACUUUGGAAUCAUAUCGAUGCAACUUCUCUGCAACGUAGUGUUCAACACUGCUCUUCAUACGAAAAAAGCGCUCCGAGGACCCGCUAUGGAGUGGACUGAUUUAAUGAUAGGUCUUUUGAAGCACGUGGCAAGUACCAGACACUGGCUUGCAGAGAACUGGGUUCUGAAGCACAAACACUUGAUUGGUCAAUAUGUCUUGGAGUCACCCUCGGCUGAAGUACGACAAGCAUUCGUGAAGCUUCUUGUAUGUCUGUGUCACUUCUCAAAUUUUGACCAGACUUUUGUCUCGUACGGAGGCUACGACGAUGGAACCAGACAAAUCCGAAUCAGUGAUUGUGUCAUAUAUGAAAUGGCUCAACUAAUGCGGAAAGACCACCACGUGCGCACAGCGUUGGACGCAGCCACGACAUCCAUAGCAUCAUUAAGCUCUCCCGGGAAACACUUGAGUCAUUAUUUUCAUUUUUAUCUCCACUACGCUUCCUUCGGACCCAAGGAACGAAGACAGCUCCUAAAGAAUGGAGGAGAGAUUCCACUGGCCAUGAUUAAUUUGAUGUUGGAGGAGGCUUGCAGUAGCAGUGCGGGAUCCCAUGUGAAAUACCAGUUGUCAGAGUUUGCUAAGCUUUACCAGGUGGUGUCCAAUUUAGUGAGGGGCUGUGACUUGUCGUACUACUGUCAGUCAUCCAGUGGCAAAGAGGUAACCAGAGAGCAGUACCAUCUGUCGAAUCCCUACAGGGACAAAGAGAUGUCUGUGGGAGUCCCGAUAUCUGUGGCAUUGAAGGAGCGACUCCUGGACGAUACAGUCUACGUGAAGCGCAUCAUCGAGGAGUGUCCCAAUUCGGACGAGACAGUCUCGCUCAUUUGUUUUCUAUCGUGGGAGAACGCGGGCUUCUCUGCCGCCCUUCUGACAGACAUUUUGUGGCAGAUAACCUUUGCCUAUUCGACGGAUCUGAAGCCAUAUCUGGACUUGCUUCUAGAGGUGCUCAAGAUCCCAGACUCAUGGCAGCAGCACAGAAUCAUCAAGAGUCUCAAAGGAGGAUCGCAGAAAAAACAAGAUCAAAAAGACGGCCUGUUUGAGACAAUUGACAAAAGCAAAACCCACUUCGCGAGACGCGCUUACCUGUCAAUCAAAAUGCUGACAAACCUUUUCUCAUGUAGUCCCUCUGCAGCCGAUGUGCUGCGACGCGAUGGAGAAUUGCGCAACCAGUGGGCAGUUGUUGUCGACUGGCUCAGGGCCGAACUGAACCGAAACCAGUUUGGAACGUCCGCAACAGGGACUAACACACAGUUCAACCAGCAUGGCGGGUUCCAGUACGCCUGGAAUGAUAACAACAGUAUGCAGCAGAGUAACAUGAAUGUGUGUUCGAAUGAGACUGCGAAUGGAUAUGCGCUAGAAAGGUCGGCCAGCGCUUAUUUCACUCUGCAGAAGGCGGGAGAAUUGAUCCCCAGGGCAUCCACGCCUCCGGCAGCCCAUGUAUCUCAGCCGGAGCGGAGGAUACACCGCAGUUCAAACUCCCCGGUGGAAGAGUACGAUGAAGACGAGGAAGAAGAAGAAGAGGAAGAAGAAGACGACGAAUAUGAAGAUGUUGAAGUUGAUCACGGCGUUGAGAGAACUGAAGAAGGCAGACGAGUAGGAAGUCAACAACAACAACAACAACAGUCUCUGGUAGCAACCGAAGAGCCGAAUACAAAGAGCAGUAGUAGUGUAGUCGUGAUUAGCGAAGGAACGAGUCCCAGGUGUGAUCAAAAUAUUUCGAUUUCAGGCGAAGGAACAUCAGUGGUGGAUUCGAACAGUGGAAGCGUGAUUGAACAGUUGACGACCAAUGCAGACAACAAUAGUGCCACUGAAGGAUGAUUUAAGUUGCAUGAGACAGUGAAAAAAGAUGAAGUUUAAAAGCAACUGGACUAUUAAUAAUAGAAAUCAAAUCGAAUUUUGCAGCUGUGAUUUUGACAGGAAAAUAAAAAUCUAGCGGUUUCUAGGAAAUAUACUUUUUUCAAGAAGCAGAAAAUUCGCUGAAUGUUAACCCAAAAACUGAUUAGAUUAAAUUUGAGCAAAGACUGUAAAUAUUCUCAGAAUUUAAUUUUCAUUACUCUAUUUAUAGUUAAAUUUGGUUAAUAGUGCAUUUGUUUAACUUGAACGAUUUAUAUCCAAACCAAAUGCUCUAAUUUGUAGGGCUUGUUUCAGUUGUUGCAAUUUUAACUCUUAAUGUAGUCAAUUAACUCAUGUAAUUACGUUUAGUUUUCAAUAAAUAUUAAUAGAUAUUUUAUCUGCUUUGAAAUUGACUUCGCAAAUUGUUGCGCAUUUCAUUGGCUGCUCAUCAAACACAUAAUUUCUGCUGGGCUCGUUGUACUAAAUUAAACCUAUUUCUGUACGAAAUUUGCAAAUUGGAAUUGUAUGAGGAUUUGCCUGUCCCAAAAUAAGCUCAAAUGGUGUAAGAGUAACAUUAAAUUGUACAUGUUUCUAUUCAUACGCCAAUAGCCUUCAUGUUUUUUUUCGAUGUAAUGAACUUGUAGUAAAUAAUUUGAGUUCUACUUGGCUGAAUUAAAAUAAAAAUGCCUACCCAUUCAAAAAUUUUG